GCUGCCCAUGUGACGAGCUCCCCGGCCGCCACGUUCCCCCGCGGCCGCCGCCACGCAGCGCCAGCGCGCUCGGAGAAAAUAUUUUUCCCAAAUCCCCCCGCCGCCGCCCACCCACCACCACCGGGCCAACCAGCGGAGCAGGUGGUGCUGAUGACGGCAGCUCCCGCACCCGCAGCUCGGGGCGCGGUCGCCGCGUGAGAGAGAGAGAGAGCACGCCCACACCGGCUGGCUAUUUUACUGCGCCCCCGCCGCGGUCGCGGCUCUCGCCUUUCCGCCCGCGGCCCGCCGCUUUUCGUCCCCCCGCGUGUGGCCUGUUGGCCUCCCUCGCUCCGCCGUCUCGUCGGCUCCCCGGCACGGACACGCGCGGCGUUCGCACGGGGUUCCGGCUGUCCUGAGGAACAGCGAGAGCAGGAGCAGGAGCGGUAGUGCGGCCGCGCGCGCCGCAGGCCACUGGACCGGGCACCAGCGGAGGAGGCUGCCGCCGGCCCGUGAAGUGAAGGACCCUCGCCGCGAUGGAUAUCACGGAGGUCACGGUGGUGCACCACGCCGCGCUCGUGCUGGCGGCGCUCUGGGCUGCCGCGUCCGCCGGCUGGGCGCACCCGGCGCUCUUCAUCGUCGCGCUCCUCUACAUCUUCGCGGUGAAUGAAAGGUACACAAUGAGACUGAGGAGAAGGCUACAGUAUGAGGAAAGGAAAUGUUCGAAUCAGAGAAAGCUUCUCUCUGAUGCAGAAACUGUCAGGUGGUUAAAUUAUGCUGUAGAAAAGAUUUGGUCAGUUUGCAUGGAGAGAGUUGUAUCGCAGCAGUUCCUUUUGCCCAUAUUCCCGUGGUUCCUACAGAAGUUCAAACCAUGGACGGCGAGGAAAGCAGUUAUCCAAAGCCUUUACUUGGGUAGGAACCCACCGAUGUUUACAGAUAUUAGGGUUGUUAGACAAUCAACUGAUGAUGAUCACUUGGUUCUGGAGAUAGGGAUGAAUUUUCUUUCAGCCGAUGAUAUGGAUGCACGAAUGGCUGUACAACUAAGGAAGAGAGUCGGAUUUGGCAUAACAGCAAACAUGCAUAUAACUGGGAUGCAUGUUGAAGGGAAGGUUCUGGUGGGGGUGAGGUUUCUGCGACAGUGGCCGUUCAUUGGGCGUGUUAGAGUGUGCUUUGUUGAGCCUCCAUACUUCCAAAUGACAGUGAAACCUUUAUUCGGUCAUGGGCUUGAUGUAACUGAACUACCAGGAAUUUCUGGAUGGCUUGACAGGAUGUUGGAUGUUGCAUUUGGGCAGACCCUUGUUGAGCCAAACAUGCUUGUUAUUAAUCUGGAGAAGUUUGCCUCAGAAUCAACUGAGAACUGGUUUAGUGUUGAUGAGAAGCCACCUAUCGCACAUGCUCGCGUUGAGAUCUUGGAAGGUGCUGACAUGAAGCCAUCUGAUCCAAACGGACUAGCUGAUCCAUAUGUGAAAGGCCAUCUUGGACCCUACCGUUUUCAGACGAAGAUCCAUAAGAAAACUCUUAACCCAAAAUGGCUCGAGGAGUUUAAAAUACCAAUUACUUCAUGGGAAGCGCUCAAUCUUCUUUCUCUUCAAGUCCGAGAUAAGGAUCACAUCUUUGAUGAUACUUUGGGUGAUUGUUCCGUAAGCAUCAACAAAUUAAGAGGUGGACAAAGGCAUGAUAUAUGGGUUUCGCUGAAGAAUAUAAAGACAGGGAGGAUUCACAUUGCUGUAACUGUAAUUGAAGAAGAAAAUGAAAAGGUUCCUAAUGAUGAAGAGGUGCAGGGUGGAACGCCCAAAGUGGGCAAAGCUUGCACACCGAGUUCAAGCUUUUCAUCCAGGACCAACAACGAAAGUGAGUCCUCUGACGAAAUCCGGAAGAUGUCUGAUGAGUUUGAGCCUGUUGACAUCGAAGGGUCCCAAAAGCCUGACGUUUGGGUACAUCGCCCGGGCAGCGACGCCACUAGUGUAUGGGAGCCCCGGAAAGGCCGGCCUCGAUGCCAGGAUUCCAAAAUCCACCGGGAGAACGAUGCUUGCAGUGAUAGCCCAAGGUCAUCAGUGUCAGAAUCUAACAGAAGUGAUUCCAGUACUGAAGAACCCACGAGUGGUAGAUCGCACCGUCACCUCCACAAGGUCAAGAAGGGUUUGGGCAAGCUAGCUGGAGCAGUGUUUCACCGGAGCCCAAAGAAUGGGACCGACGACGAAGCUUCCCCAUGCGUGACACCUCACCCUAACAUUCAGCCUGUUGGAGAAAGCAGGGUGUCAGUAACAUAUGUGGUCGAUCAAGAUCCUGGGAGCAACAGAGAGGGGACUAGAACAAAGGAGCAGCAGCACUCUAGCCCUGAGAGGGAGGAGCUGGACAGUUCGAGCAGGAGGCACCUGAGGAAGAAGGCAGCUCACAUGGUCAAACAUGCGGGCAAAACCGCUCAUAAUCUGAAGAGCAUGUUCAGCAAGAAGGACCUCGACAAGAGCAAGGAAGAAUGCCAAAACGAGGAGGUUGGUGAUGUCGCUGCGAUGAAAAUAAUGGGGUGGCAGUUGAUCCUCCUGUACCGAGCAAUGAUGUCGUCGAGCUGCCGGAAUCUGUAGCUGAUGAUGGCAAGGACAAGGGCAGUGAGACGUAGUCUGCGUUCAGCUGUUUAUGCAAAGUGACCUUGGUCUGAGCCUGUGCAGGAUAGUAGUUAGUUAUCUCAGAUAGUCCCCUAACACCCAACAUAGAAGUCGGAUCUUGAGAAAUGCUAGGCUGGUCGACGGUUUCUGUGUGUGCUUAACCCAUAUGGUUUCUACUGUGUAUUCAGGGCUCGAGGAACGUCUGUGAAUAUUAUUAUGUACAUUCUCGAAAAUGUCCUUACGACUCAAUUAGAAACAUUGAGUUCAAGAUACAAUAUGUCAGCCUGACAACAGUUUAUUGAACAAGUAGAAACACGAAUUCAAGUACGUCGAA